CUUCCCUUUUUUUUUUUUUUUUUAAUUGGGGUUGAAGCAAAAUUAAUUACAAACCCAGAGCAUUUCAUUUUUAAAAACCCCUUAAAAGCAAAGCAGCUGCUAUAACAUUGGCAGGAUGAAUGGGACGGAAGGUAUCAAUUUUUAUGUGCCUAUGUCCAACAAGACAGGGGUGGUGCGAAGCCCCUUCGAGUACCCCCAGUAUUACCUAGCCGAGCCCUGGAAAUACCGCGUCGUGUGUUGCUACAUCUUCUUCCUCAUCUCCACCGGUUUGCCCAUCAACCUCCUCACCCUCCUGGUCACCUUCAAACACAAGAAGCUCCGGCAGCCGCUCAACUACAUCUUGGUCAACUUGGCGGUGGCUGACCUCUUCAUGGCCUGUUUUGGCUUCACGGUCACCUUCUACACUGCCUGGAACGGCUAUUUCGUCUUCGGACCCGUCGGCUGUGCCAUUGAGGGCUUCUUCGCCACACUGGGAGGCCAAGUCGCCUUGUGGUCCCUGGUUGUCUUGGCCAUAGAGCGCUACAUCGUCGUCUGCAAACCCAUGGGAAACUUCCGCUUCUCCGCAACCCACGCCAUGAUGGGCAUCGCUUUUACCUGGAUAAUGGCCUUUUCCUGUGCCGCUCCACCCCUCUUCGGCUGGUCCAGAUACAUGCCGGAGGGGAUGCAGUGUUCCUGUGGCCCCGACUACUUCCCCGACUACUACCCCCACAACCCUGACUACCACAACGAGUCCUACGUCCUCUACAUGUUCAUCAUCCACUUCAUCAUCCCGGUCGUGGUCAUUUUCUUCUCCUAUGGACGUCUCAUUUGCAAAGUCCGAGAGGCAGCUGCCCAGCAGCAGGAGUCGGCCACGACCCAGAAGGCCGAGAAAGAGGUGACGCGGAUGGUGAUCCUCAUGGUGCUGGGGUUUAUGCUGGCCUGGACGCCCUACGCCGUGGUGGCGUUCUGGAUCUUCACCAACAAGGGAGCAGACUUCACCGCCACGCUCAUGGCAGUGCCUGCCUUCUUCUCCAAGAGCUCCUCCCUCUACAACCCCAUCAUCUACGUCCUCAUGAACAAACAGUUCCGCAACUGCAUGAUCACCACAAUCUGCUGCGGCAAGAACCCCUUUGGGGAUGAAGAGGUCUCCUCCACCGUAUCCCAGAGCAAGACCGAGGUCUCCUCUGUCUCCUCCAGCCAAGUAUCACCUGCAUAGACCAUGGACAGUUUGAACUGGGGCGACCUGUCGAGCUUGGGGACUGAGAGAGACACCCACGCACCCACAGUCUCAUUUCAUGGAGUCACUCCCUUGUGCACCGACACCCUCCCCUGCACGAGCAGUUAGCUGUGCACGUACUGCGGUAGCUUCCCCCCCACGUGCAGACCCCCGG